AUGUUUAAGGCGUCGUCACAAAAUGCGGCGGCCUGUCUUCGAUGCCAAUUUUGUACUCCCCGUUCUCCAAAAGCCCUGACGACUUGCCUCCUCUCCCGUGUAUUUGACCUCCGCCAAAACCGAUAUAAUAGCACAGCACCCCCGAGUCAACCUGGCGAAAAGGACCCUAAACUAUACCCGGUAUUGGGUGUCAAAAAGUCGCGCUACCAAAGACAUGUUGCGCGUUUGGAUGUGCAGACGCUGGGGGAGGUCGGUGAGGUGGUGAUACUCAAGGAGAGAGCGAGUCGACCAAAUCAAAUGACCGCUCGCAAAUUUUCAAGGAUACUAGAGAAGGAGACUGAUGGCGACGCUCCUUGGGACAAUCCGUCUGAGCUCCUGAAAGAAGUCGAUAAGUCAAGAUUACAAUUGGGAGACGCCAAGGAGGUGAUCGAAAAUAUUGACACGAUCCGUGGGAAUCACGAGCCUGGAGACAAGCUGGACCGGAAUGAAUGGCGUAAACUUCGGACGAUAUUAGAAAACGGGUUUACGGCUAAUCAGCUAACCGAUUACCACAAACAAUUCGAACCACCUUUGAGUUCCUCUGACCAAAACGACGGCUUGACGGGACCUCAUUCAGGAUGGAGGCCCGGAACGUCACUUUUUCUGGAAAUGGACCCUGAAGCCCAAAAACAAACGGCAUCCAGGAUCGGGAGUCUUGGGAAUAUGGCCGGCAAGAUUGCAUUAGCAGAGAUGGUAUUGCGAGAUUGCUGGCAGCUAUCUGUUUCGGGUGAGAUCGGUCAAUUGGACAUUCAUCUGGCCCCCCAUGAGAUUUUCAUGCUUCUAUUGCCUGAUAUCAGUCCUCUCAAAGACCUUGCAAUCACCUAUGCCGCCAAAAUAGAUGUUUCACGAUCUUUAAAUCUUGUGAGAAUCACCGCAAAUGAAAGCUCCUGCGAACUUGUUCGACAGGGUGUGGUGGGGUUUUUUCCUCGGAUAAUGUCCAGAACAGUAGACCUCCCCAACAGAGGUUUCGUAUUCCAUGGAAAGAAUAGAAGAUUUGAGGAGCGAUUUUUCCGCUCCAUGCAAAAGUCGCUCAAUGUAUUUUGCUGUAAAGACCAAGGAACAAAGCAGAUUAAGAUAUAUUUCGUUUCGGAGAUGGAGAAAGAGGCGGACGAGGCGUACCGGAAUAUUAAAGCCGCAAUAUCAAUGACGGAAGAGGACCAAACCCGCUUUUGCACAUAUUUUCCAGACACUGAAUCAGCGGUUUUGUACUCCGUUUCCUACCAGGAGUUUUUGCCAUGGGCUGACCGCCAGAGACGAUGGCUGAGAUGGAUGAAGCCGCUUUCCGAGGCAAAAACUCCCAGUGGAACUCAAUCGGAACCACCACCAGCUCUCAUCCGGAAAAGUCGUGGAUCUGCUUUCGAGAAAGUAUGCAAUAGCCUUUUUAAACUGCCAGCUUCACCCACUUGGCGCAGCCCUGGCCAACCUCACAUUCGCGAGGUCAUUGUUGCUUCCCUUGGAAAAUCACUGUUUGCGCACCAACAAUCAAUGAAACCCGGAAAAAUGAAGUUUAAAUCCUUCAGUUCUACAAUCCCUCGCGCUUUUGCCACGAAUAUCUCCAAUCCUGUGUCCUUCCUCCAGGGCCUUCCUCUGUUACCCAAUGUGGGAAACGGUAGCUUUCACCGAAUUCGCCUAACACCUUCAGCUGAUAACAAGACCCGCCUCCCACCUAUAGAAUUAGAGCUCGACAUCGUGUCACAGUUCAUCCGUGGGCGUCAAUUCCUUUUACCAAUUCUACGAAAAGCUGCUGCCGUUGUCCAUAGAGUGAGUAUGGACGUAUUACUUCCUGAGACGUCACUAGACCUCCGUUUUAAGAAAUUCACACACUAUGACCUCCUUCAAGGCCGCAAGCUAUCUACCUUAUCUCAAUCCGAGAAGCAAAGGGCCGAUAUCUCCAGCAUUUCUGAAGUCAUUGGAAAUCUGGUCUGGGAAGAUGCAUACAAGCAACCUCGUAUACCCAUUUCUUGUGAACUGACCAUCCCACGCAAGCUGGUCAUUCAACAACAGUCCUCCGCCGCAACAACAGCGGAUUCGCAAGGAAGCGGGGAAGGAGAAACAGACUUCGUAACGGGAACGUACAUGCUUCCUCCCAUCCGUUACCUCAGAUCGGCUCAAAUAUCGCGCUUCAACUACAAGGACCUAGAGCUCUGCUACUCACACGUUCACAUGGGCCCUGCGCUGCCAGAACACAUGAUCGACAUGUCGAUUUCUCUGGGGCGGGAUGACAACGAACUUCGCCCGACGCUGUGCCAACCAAACACCCAUCUUUCGUCCGCUGUUGCGAAGGAUAAGUCUAAGGGGUCACUUCAGGCUGCGUUCAAACUAUUUUAUACCCGCGCUUGCGAGAUGGCGUUUGAGCAGAGCGCGGCUGCGGCGAAUUAUAAGGAGCGGGUUGCAGCCGGGGAUGAGUUGGCAGACGUCACCACUUCCGUUGGAGAGGAUUACAGGCCAUACGCCAACCUUGAUCCGGAGGACCGGUUUAAUGAAUGGAUGGAAAAUGGUUCAGAAGGGGAGUCUGAGGAUAGGUUUAAUCGCAAGGUUCGGAAUGGUUCGGAGUAA